AUGGAGUUUCAACUUACUCAAACGACUGUAAUUGCAUCGGUAUGCAUACUUGCUGCCUUAGUUGCUCUCACUUAUCGUGCAAUUCUUCCAAAACCUAUCCCAGGUAUACCUUACAACAAAGCCAGUGCCUCACGGAUCCUGGGCGAUGCGCCAGAUAUCAUUAAGUAUCAAGAACAACAUCAUGAAAUUUGGUCUUAUGUCCGAGAACUCGCUGCAGAUCUCAAGUCCCCCGUUAUUCAGAUGUUCAUGCGUCCAUUUGGGAAGCCUUGGGUCGUCAUCGCGGAUGCUCGUGAGUCUCAUGAUAUUCAGAUGACUCGGAAAGAUGAGUUCGAUCGUUCCAUGAUUACUGGGGAGGUCUUUGGACCUAUCUUUCCUGAAAACCAUGUCUCGAUUUUACAGUUCCCUAUUGGCGAAGCAUGGAGAUCGCAUCGCCAACUCAUUAAGGACACCAUUUCGCCAUCAUUCCUCAACGGUGUUGUCGCACCCUCCAUUCACGUAAACACACAAGACCUGAUCGCAAUCUGGAAAAAGAAAGCAGCUAUUGCCAAAGGUCGACCGUUUAACGGUGACAAGGAUUUGUCUCGAACUGUGGUUGAUAUCAUCAUUGAAACCACGUUCGGUAUCAAAGCCGAAGCACUGAAAGUCCAGGAACAGCUUCUACACCAAACUGUCCUUCCAGCAAGUAUUGAUCAGCCCGUCGACUUCCCCGCUGCCGAAGAUGCCGAAGCCUUCACAUCUAUUCGUGACCUGUCAGACAGUGUCCAAAUUGCCAUGGGCUCUCCCGUCCCAACUCUCUCCCUCAAAUUCGCCUUGGCUUUCAAGAAGUCGCUCAUCUCUGCCAGGAAAUACACCGACAAGAUGAUCAACGAACGUCUCCAAUCUGCAUGGCGAAAAUUUUCCGGUGUCGAAGAAAAGGGUACCGUCAAGUCUGCCACUGAUCUCAUUGUUCAACGCGAAGCCCAAAUGGCAAGAAAGGAAGGCCGUGACAUAAAAAUUGAUACCCAGGUUAUCAAGGACGAACUCUUCGGUUUCUACAUGGCUGGACAAGAGACAACCUCUACGACCCUUUGCUGGGCUAUGAAGUAUUUGACGGCCAAUCCUGAUGUUCAAACGAAAUUACGCACCGCUUUGAGAGAGGCUCACGAAAGAGCUCACCGAAACGGCGGCCUCCCUUCUGCUCAAGAAAUGGCACAAGCUGAUGUUCCUUAUCUGGAAGCGUUUAUUCAAGAAGUCCACCGUGUCGGAAACUCCGUCAGCUCUAUCGUCCGCGUGACUACCAAGGAUGCCGUCGUUCUUGGACAUGUCAUCCCCAAAGGAACUGAUGUAUUCAUGCUCACCAAUGGACCUAGCUAUAAAACUCCGCCCCUUGUGAUCGAAGAAACUAUUCGUAGUAAGACCAGCCGUGAGAAUAAGGAGAAAUUCGGUGUUUGGGAUGAUAAAAACAUCGGAAAUUUUAUCCCGGAGCGAUGGCUAUUAAAGAAUGAAAAGGGAGAAAUUGUAUUCAACCCAAGUGCUGGAUACACCCACCCUUACGGAGUUGGACCCCGUGCUUGUUUUGGUAUGAAAUGGGCUGAGUUGAUGUUGAAGUCAAUCAUUACAAUUAUCGUGUGGAGCUUUGAGUUCGAGCCUUUGCCUUCAGCUGUCGCCGACUUCAAAGCCAUCGAUGUCACUACCCAUCGAGCAGAAUUCACGUAUAUCCGACCAGUGCCAAUCCAGUAA